GCAGGGCCGCCAUCUUCUCAACAGCUCUGCCGCCGCUGCCGCACCACCUUCACGUCCGAUUCAGUCCGGCCAAACUCUGACAACCGUACUCCUCCGCCGUGGGCGGGGCCCACUCGACCUCCUCUCACUUCCUCAAGCUCGACGAACCUUGUUUCUGUACUUCCUCAAGCUUUGCUUUUGGUCGUCGGCUCGUCGAUGGAGAUUAAGUCGCUGAGUUUUCCGGCAGAUAGCCCACCUCUCUCUGUCAUCACCGCGGCCAAGAUUGCCGCCCUCCCUUUCACCGCCGACCCCUCCGCCGCCCCCGAAUCACCUCCAUCUUUUCUCUUCUCUAAUGGGUUGAAAUUGGAUGGUACUUAUGUACUUCUUCGAUACAUUGGUGGGAUUGCAAGCAUUCCUGAUUUCUAUGGGAAGAAUGCAUAUGAUGCUGCCCAGAUUGAUGAGUGGCUGGAGUAUGCUCCUAUCUUUUCUUCGGGUUCUGCAUUUGAGAAUGCGUGCAAAUAUGUGGAUGAUUAUUUACGAGGCCGCACUUUUUUGGUCGCUCAUUGUUUGACGAUUGCGGAUAUAGCAACCUGGUCGCUUCUUGCAGGAACUGGGCAAAGAUGGGAAAGUUUGAGGAAGUCAAAGAAGUAUCAAAAUCUUGUCCGAUGGUUCAAUUCAAUACUAACAGAACACAAUAAUGUUCUAAGUGACGUCACAGCAACAUAUGUUGGCAAAAGAGGCACGGGAAAGCCAGUAGCUGCUAAAUCAAAAGAGAAUCAAGGUGUCAGUCAAUCAGCAAAGUCUGUAAAUGGAGAUGCAUCUGGUAAAGCAGUGAGCAAAUCUUCUUCAUUUGAGGUAGAUCUUCCAGAUGCCGAGCCUGGAAAUGUGAAGUUACGGUUUGCUCCUGAACCCAGCGGCUACCUUCACAUUGGACACUCAAAAGCAGCAUUGUUGAACAAGUAUUUUGCUGAGCGUUAUGGAGGAACAUUUAUCGUGCGGUUUGAUGACACAAAUCCCGCGAAAGAAAGCAAUGAAUUCGUGGAUAAUCUUCUUAUUGAUAUUGAUACUUUGGGCAUCAAAUAUGAAACUGUUACAUACACUUCAGAUUACUUCCCUCAAUUGAUGGAAAUGGCUGAAAGUUUGAUUCUCCAGGGCAAAGCAUAUGUUGACGAUACCCCGCGUGAGGAAAUGCAGAAACAAAGGAUGGAUGGAAUCGAAUCUAAAUGUAGAAAUAACAGUGUGGAGGAAAAUUUAAAAUUAUGGAAGGAAAUGAUCACAGGGUCUGAAAGUGGUUUGCGGUGCUGUUUGCGGGGGAAGCUGGAUAUGCAGGACCCGAACAAAUCACUCCGAGAUCCAGUGUAUUACCGUUGCAACCCAAUUCCACAUCAUAGGAUUGGAUCCAAGUACAAGAUAUACCCUACUUAUGAUUUUGCCUGUCCUUUUGUUGAUUCCAUAGAGGGUAUAACGCAUGCUCUACGAUCCAGUGAGUACCAUGAUCGCAAUGCACAGUACUAUCGAAUUCAAGAGGAUAUGGGUCUGAGAAAGGUUCAUAUUUAUGAAUUCAGCCGAUUGAAUAUGGUUUAUACUCUUCUGAGCAAGCGUAAGCUUCUAUGGUUUGUCCAAAAUGGAAAGGUUGAUGGAUGGGAUGACCCGCGAUUUCCAACUGUCCAAGGAAUUGUGCGUAGGGGUCUGAAGAUUGAAGCACUGAUACAGUUUAUUCUUGAGCAGGGAGCUUCAAAAAAUCUCAAUCUCAUGGAGUGGGACAAACUUUGGACUAUCAACAAGAAGAUCAUCGACCCUGUAUGUCCUAGGCAUACUGCUGUUGUUGAAGACCGGCGUGUGUUGUUGACCCUCACUAAUGGCCCCGAGCAACCAUUUGUACGCGCCAUACCUAGGCACAAGAAAUAUGAAGGUGCUGGAGAGAAGGCUACAACAUUUACGAAUCGGAUUUGGCUUGACCAAGCCGAUGCUGAGGUACUGACGGUAGAUGAGGAGGUUACAUUGAUGGACUGGGGUAAUACCAUUAUAAAGGUAAUUGAAAAGGAUCAAGGAGGAAAAGUGACGCAGUUGACGGGCGUGUUGCAUCUCGAGGGAUCUGUGAAGACUACAAAGUGGAAGCUUACCUGGCUACCUGAAAUAAACGAACUCGUUAACCUCACGCUGAUGGAGUUUGAUUAUCUGAUUACGAAGAAGAAGCUUGAAGAAGGGGAAGAUUUCCUCGACGUGCUUAAUCCAUGCACGAAAAAGGAGACAGCAGCCAUUGGAGAUGCCAACAUGAGGAAACUCAAGCGCGGGGAGAUACUGCAGCUUGAGAGGAAAGGGUACUUCCGAUGUGAUGUACCCUACCUCAGGCCUUCAAAGCCUAUCGUUCUGUUUGCGAUUCCAGAUGGCCGACAGCAAACCAGUUUGAAGUAAAAAAAAAAAAAAACCCAUUUCCAUUCUACUCACUUUAAAGAACUUCAUUUUCAAGUAUACUACUGAUUAACGUUGUUGUUUAAAACCUUCUACUUAAAUAACAGAUUUCUGAAUUAUAAACUUUUGUAUCAGUAGCUUUUGAGCUUUCGUUGCACUUUUUUUUUUUCCCCCUCCUCUAUUCAUCUGUUCUAGUUUGUUGUU